UGGGCUAUUCUUCAUUAAACCCGCGCCGCAGGUGUUGACUGCGCACCGACCGGGUGCUGUCGCGCUUGAAUCGUCUCCCAAGAUUGUUUUCGUUCAGGAGCAAUUGCGACGCGUGCGACUGGGCACUGGGGCUUCCGAAACCGAUCAAAUUCAGCGUAACGAACUCCACAGCAGCGUUGUUAUUACCGUCGUCGUCGGUCAUGUCAACCUCACUACUAGGCUCCACGGUUGUCGAGCCUUUACCCUCCCUACCACCCUCGCCAACCUCAGAAGACGGUUUCAAUCGAUCUCGCGUGUGGAGAGCAUCGCUUGAAAGCCAUUUCGGAGACCAGCAACCUUCGUCUAGCUCGUGCACUGGCAAGGGGAAGGAAAAACAACUAUUUCACCAGGAAAGCGAAGGACAGGAGGAGGAAGAUGACAACGACACCAUUGAGGGAGUAUAUCCACCGUCCGGGGAUGCAGCAGCCGAGACGCGACGAGUACAAGAGACUCUGAAGAGAUGGGAGGUGGCCGAACGGCAACGCCGGAAGGCUGCUCGCGAAUCGGUGCAAAUGACUACCGAACCAUCCGUACUCGGAGAUGUCACCCGCAAAGCAAGCCUCAUUUUGUCUGGCCGACGCCCUUUACAACGUGCCAGUGCGCGUAAUGGGCUGGGGGACCACCGCGCUUUGAAAUCUCACGACUCCGUCGAUGUUGUGCCAUUAGGUGACAUAGACCGGUCUCCCCAGCGCGUCGUAUAUUCGCCGACGCCAUCCAUUGGUGACAGUAACAAUAUUGGCACUACAACCAAUCAUGCCAAUCCAUUUAUUCACCCAUCGGAAAGACGCCUGUCACUGUCCCCACCAAACACGGCCGUCGUAGAUUCGAUACCACAGUCCCCAGCCGCGACCGGCCCUAGCGUUCACUCACAACGGUCGAAUACCGUUCCUCGACCGCUGACAGGCUCACCACUUUCACUCCCCGUUCCUUCUCCCCACGUCCCUCCCAGUAUUUCAAAUCAGAAACCACUAUCACCAACCCCCCCUCUAGUCAUCGGCCCGCCGCUGCGCGAAGAGGAACCACAGAAGAGGGUACGGUGGUGGCAUGAAUGGCUAUGUGGCUGUGGAGAGGGGCCUGACCGGGGUGGUGAUCAUCAGGCUGCGCGUACAAACCCUUUUGAGUAACCCCGACAGGUGUCUUUUUCUGCCCUACAUACGCACUUUCUUUGUAAUAGACCCCUUUGAGCCGGUCCUAUAUGUUUUUUUGGGCUCCGCUGACGUACCUUCAUACAUUCGUUUAUUCUGAGUUAGUGGUCACCCCCAAGCAUUUCGACAGCGCAUGUAUCGUAUUGAG